AGGCGACAUGCAAAACUAUUCGGCCAUAGCCCCCUCCGGUGGCUAUGCGGGCUACCAGCAACCCCACCAAGCUCAACAGCAGCAGCAGCAGACCUACCCAAACCCCGGUCAGCCCGGCAUACCGCGACAUGGUCUAGCACAGGGCACGCCAUACUCUCAGCCUGCCUACAGUCAAGGCUACACGUCCCAAGCUCUCCUACAUGCGCAGCAGGCCCAACACGCUCAGCAGGCAGCAGCCGCACAAGCUCAGGCGCAGGCACAGCAGCAGGCCAUAGCUCAAGCGCGAGAGCGGGAGAUACUCGCGCGACAGCAACAAGCCGCAAGAGAUGCAGCCAUUGCAGAAGCGCACUCGAGACAACAGACUGCCUAUCUUGCUGCUCAGCAACAGCACGCUGCUUCUGCUCAAGGGCACCACGCCGCCAGUGCUGCCAGAGAGCAGGACAAGCGCAGGACGAGUCAGAUCGCCCUGUCGGCUGACUCUGAGGCCGUCCUACGCGCUGCAAAAAAGAGGAGACCUACAGAUCGUGCGCUCCCUCGCUUUGACGCCGCAAAGCUCGCAGAAUUAGACGACGGUCAAGAUGACUCUCAUUCCAUCUUUGCGCGCCAAUCAGACGGUCACCUCGCUGCACUCAGCAAUGCAUACGACCGACUGACAGAUCUAGAACGACGCCUCGACUGGACGCUCUCUCGUCAGCGCGUCGAGCUAGAAGAGCAACGGCAGCUUGCAGGCGGCGCUCUCUCGCUCGUGCCCAGCCUUCAUCGCACACUCCGCAUUAGGAUAAGCAACAGUCUACAAGACCAAGUCUGGCAAAUUGAUGACGCUAGACUCAAAGCCCAAGCAGAGCGUGCUGCUGAAUCAGUCGCGCCGCCUCCUGCGCCCAUGGCAGUAGAAUCAGAGACGACCGAUCAGGCCGCCGAAAACGGCGCUGAAGCAUCAACAGAAGCUGCAGGAAAGGCAGACGACGCUCCAAAGCCCGAAACGGCGUCGGUGUCCGAAGAAGCCAAGACGGGUCCUGCGGCAUCAGAUAUCUCGAAGCCCAAAGUCGAAGAAGUGAUACCCGUCGAUUUCUCCACGCAGCAAGGUAUCCCCAGGUGGACACUCAACAUAGCUGGAGAGGUUCUUACUACGAGCGAGUCGGGAGAGCUCUCCAAGGAUUCCACACGUCAUUUCUCCAAUCUAGUCUCGCAUAUCACAGUCGAUCUCGACAGACGAGAGCAUCUCUUCAACGGCUCCGGGCGAACAGAAUGGGCGCGUAGUAGUACACGCAACCCAGUCGAUGCCGUCAGAGUCAGUCGGACAGGUUCAGAGCCUUGCAAAGCCCGCAUUUCGCUCUACCUCACACCCUAUCCAGAGCGUGUCAAGGUACUGCCUGAGCUAGCUCGGCUGAUCAAUGUCUACCAAGACACGCGGCCUAAUUGUCUGACGGCGCUCUGGCUUUAUGUCAAGAGUGAGGGCCUGCCGAUGCCAGAAGACCAGCGGCGUAUACGGCUCAAUGAGCCUUUGAAAAGACUCUUCAACGAAUCAGAGUCUAUACCGUUUCACUUCUUGCAAGAAUUCCUCAACCGCUAUCUGUCCCAAUGCGACCCUGUCAUACUUGAAUAUGAAGUCGAUGUCAGCGAUCAGCAUGCGAGCAAAGAGCUUACCUUUGACAUCCCCGUCGAAGUCGAGAACCUGGCCGCAAAGAAGGUCGUUGUUGAUGUGGCAAACGAUCUCGAUCUCAAGUCUGUGAGCUCAGAAGCCAAGGUCAAAGAAAUCAUUGCAAUGGAUGAAAAGAUUGCAAUGCAGGCUGCGACGGCAAAGGCACAGAAGCAGAAGCGAGAUUUUGCAGCCGCCUUUGCUAGCAACCCGCAGCAGUUCAUGCAAGAUUGGAUCGCUUCGCAAGCCAGAGAUCUAGACACCUUGCUCGCCGGCGACAGAGGCACGGGCGCUUCACUUCUUGGUGGCUCGAGCCAUCUGGCAGAAGCGCGUCGACGUGCAGACUUUUACAAGACGGAUGAGAUCGACGAUGCGAUCAAUCUGCACCUCAGGCGGAGGGUCAGGCGUACACAGGGCUAAUCAUAAUGCAUACUGUGCGCCCU